AUGACAAGAAAGGAAAGACAGUUGAGAGAAAAGAAAGGUAUCAAUAAUGGAAAAGACAUGAGCAGAAGGAAAAAUAGCUUGAGUUCACAAAAAAAAAGUAUUAAAGAAGAAGAAGGAAACCCCAAACUAGAGCUAAAACGAGGAAUUGGAAAGGAAAACAAGCGACUCAAGGUUGCAUUGGAGAAAAGAAAGGAGCUUGAAGAAAAAGCUAUUCCACAUUCCGAAAGUAAUAGGUCAAAUCGUCGUUCUCAUCGAGAACGAUACGACCCACGCAAAGGGGACGAAGUUCUUGACGGUCGUCGUCUCAGUCAAAGUGAUGCAAGAAGAAGCGAGGAUGUCAGGAACGUUUAUCAAAGUCGCGUUCACCAUGAUGACGAUUAUUAUGAUCGUUAUGUGCUCGAUGAUGAUCAUUAUUACACGGCCGAGCAAGAUAGGCGAACCAGAUCAAGUCGCAAGAAACAUAGACAAAGGGAUGAUCAUAUCAAUGAUGAUCACUCGAAGAGGUCUAGACGUGAUAAAGACCUUUCUAAAAGGAGAAAGGAGUCUGACAGGAAUGAGCGGAUUCGCAGAGAAAUUGAGGGAGACUCGGUGAGAGGCGAAGAACUCAGCAAAAGAAGGCUUAGUGAAAUGAUUGGUGAGAUGUUAGCCCAAAAGCAAUCCAAAGAUUAA